AGAUCUUCAGUCUAAACUGUAACCUCGAAGAAGAGAAGCGGGCCAAUCAGGAGCAACCCUCAUGUAGUUCGUCCAGACAUGUUCUUAACACGUGUUGAAGAAGAGGACAGCCGACUGUAUGUACUAUGUGAACACAGCCAUUAAAGAUGGCUGAACCACCGAAGAGGACCAUCAGGCGCUCCUCGGGCCUUCUUGGGAAUUACAGAUAUCUGUUUAAGAAAGCCAUGCUGAUACGUGCGAGAGAGAACGGCAUGGCCAGGAAAAAACGGCUUCAAGUGAGACUCCACGGGAAAACAAUAAAAGAAGGAACUGCAGAUGGAUCACCUGAAUAUUCAGGUAAACCACCCAAAGGAAAUGAUGGAGCUGACUCAGACCAGAAAGGACAAACUUUAUCUUCAAGUAGCAAAACUCUUGUGAUGAAAAAUGGAAACCCUGGGGCCAAAGACCACAACAUGACAGCUCCUAGAGACCGAUGGGAGGUGGACAGUGGGUUCUCUGAAGCCAGUCCUCCAACCAGCGGUCGCAGCUCGCCGUGCCCCAGCGUAUGCCGUACUUCCGUGGUGGCUUUGGACUGUGAAAUGGUGGGGACGGGGACGGGCGGAAGAGUCAGUGAGCUGGGCCGCUGCAGCAUCCUGGAUUACCAUGGCAACGUUCUGUAUGAUAAAUAUGUCAGACCCUGUCAGCCCGUGACCAACUUUAGAACGCGCUGGAGUGGGAUCCGCCGGCAUCACAUGCGCAACGCCACACCUUUCUCUGAGGCCAGAGAAGAGAUCCUCAAAAUACUCGAAGACAAAGUGAUUGUAGGUCACUCCAUUUACAAUGAUUUCAAGGUACUGGACAUUUUCCAUCCAGCUCACAUGGUCAGAGACACGAGCAUGACACGCCACCUCAGCCGCUUGGCUGGUUUCCCUCGUGGCCGUUGUUCUUCCCUCCGAAUUUUGUCCAGGAAACUCUUAAAGAGGAAUAUCCAGGUUGGGAAGAAAGGUCACUGUUCAGUGGAGGACGCCACGGCAGCUCUUGAUCUCUACAAGCUGGUGGAAGGAGAAUGGGAGCAGGAGCUGGAGAGGCAGCUAAGAGAUGAAGGUGUUCCGCACGAGCCGAGCUUCGCCUCGUCAAACCACUACAUGAAAGACGAGUACUGGCCUGAAGGCGUGACUGCACACCGUCACUGAGCUUUUUAGUGUUCGCGACACUUUCAGUGGGAAAUACCUCAGCUUGUCUUUGCACAGUUUUCAAGAAAAGCUUCAGAUUUUGUAAAGAAAUGUAAAGUGAUUAAAAAAAAGAAAAGAUAUUCAAAAAAUUGUUCAGAAGUUGCAGUGUCUUUAAAGAAGUAUAAUGUUAUUUAGGUUUAAAUUAUUACCUUUUAAAGGAAGUAAACUUGCUCAGAUAAAACUUGUAAGACGUGGUCAGUGUUUAUACUAAAGUCAUAUAUAUGCAGCAUUUCUCAUUUUCCACACUACUACUGCUGAAAAAGGAUGUCAAAUAAAACAAAUAGAACCUUAAAAAAA